AUGUCAUGGUGUUUGGAUUGGCGUGAGAUAUGUGAUGGAAAAGUUGAUUGUUGGCCUAUUCCUGUGGAUGAACAAAAUUGUGAGAAGCUGAAAGAAAAUGAAUAUGGACCCAACGAAUAUCGAUGUUUUAAUGGUCAAUGUAUUCCAGACACAUUUUUAUCUGAUAAUGUUUUUACUCCAGAUUGUCUUGAUCGAACUGAUGAAGAUUCACUGGAAGGAACACUAUACCCCAAGAAUUGUGAUAAGGGUGAUCCAGCAUUCCGAUGUACAGACAUCACAUAUCCUUAUUGGACGCAUUCUAGUCUCUCCUGUUGUAAUCCAUCAUGUGGUAGAGAUUCUUGUCGAGCUCAUCUUUUCGAAACAUUUGAGCAUAAUUUGUUAUCAUACAAUGCUAAUACUCAUAUUACAGAAGAAUGUUGGGUUGUUAUGAUCUGUCUUGCUCAAGCAACUCGGCGAAUUUCUUUUGUACGUAUGUUAAAAAGUUGA